AUGGGCCUCGAAGUCAACGGCAUGUUCUGGAGACGGUAUAGGCCUUCCCCCGCGCCUUCACUCUCGGUCACGCCGGCUGCCGGAGGAGAGGCGGAGGAGGAGGCAGAAGAAGAAGAAGCCAAACGGCCGGAAACGGACGAUACUCAUGAUACUUCCGCAAACGCGUGGAACAAGGUCGGUCUCCGGGAUCGGAUCAGACAGUAAGUGUAGUGCUUCCUUCCUUCCUCUCAACUCUUCUUCCCGCUAACGACUUCCUGCCACAGUCUGACAUGGGCCAACUUCACCUUCCCCAUGUCCACCGGCGGCAUCGCCCUCCUCCUCACGGCCACCCCCCACCGCUUCCGCGGCCUCGAAACCCUCGGCAAGAUCGCCUUCCUCUUCGACCUGGUCAUCUUCUUCGUCGUCUGCGCGGGCAUUGCCGCCCGCUUCAUCAUGAACCCGGGCAGUUUCCAAAAAUCCCUCGUCCAUCCCACCGAGGCCUUGUUCUUCGCGACGUUCUGGCUCGCGCUCGUGGACGUCCUGGGGUGUAUGCAGGACUAUGGCGUUCCGAACGUGCAGGGCGACUGGCUGGUUGUUUUCUUGAGAGUGGCGUUCUGGAUCUACGUGGCCCUGACGUUCCUCACGGGCGUGCUGCAGUAUCUCCAUCUGUUUACGGCGAAGAAAUUGACGAUUCAGAGUAUGACGCCCGGGUGGAUCUUGCCCAUGUUUCCCAGUAAGACUAUCCCCCCCCCCCUGCCCCCUCUCCCUCGCCCGCUCUUAUUACAACAAGCACAAUCUGACACGGAUAUCUUAUAGCCAUGCUCGCGGGAACCUUCGCCACCCUCAUCGCCCCCAGCCAACCCAUCGGGCACCGCGAACCCAUCAUCAUCGCCGGCCUCACCUUCCAAGGCCUCGGCUGGAUGCUCUCCUUCAUGAUCUAUGCCAUCUACCUGCACCGCCUGAUCCAAUUCGGGCUCCCAGCCCCCGACCUGCGCCCGGGAAUGUUCAUCGCCGUCGGCCCCCCAGCCUUCACCGGCCUCGCCCUCAUAGGCCUCAGCCAAGCCCUGCCCCCCGACGGCAGCUACUUCCGCCCCCGCCCGGGCAUCAUCCCCAUCUUGCAAACCCUCGCCGAUGGCCUCGCCAUCUUUCUGUGGAGCCUCAGUUUCUGGUUCUUCUGCGUCGCGCUGCUUUCCGUUCUGCGGCGCGCGCGCGACAUGUCGUUUCAUCUCGUCUGGUGGGCUUUUGUCUUUCCCAAUGUCGGCUUUACCAUUGCCACGAUCAAGAUCGGGCAGCAGUUGGGGAGUGAGGGCAUUCUGUGGGUUGCUUCUGCCAUGACGGUGCUGUUGGUCGUGGUUUGGGGGUUUGUCUUUGUGAGUCAUAUGCGCGCGAUUUGGAAGAGGCAGAUUAUGAUGCCCGGCUUGGAUGAGGAUAAAGGUGAGAUUUCUUCUUUCUUUCUUUCUUUUUUCUUUUUCUUUCUACUUCCGCCGUUGAAGUGGGAUGGUUUCGAUAUUAUGUGCUGACAGGGAGACACAGACCAGUACAAGGCCGACGACAGGAGACUCAACAUCCCAGUUCCUCCGACCGUGCCUCCGACACCACAGCAUUUGGAUUAA